GCCAAGCUGUCAAGAUAGCGUGCACGCGCGAGUGCAGAGGAAUGGCUGUGUGUUUAAAGCAGCGAGGCGCAGGAAACUUUGUAUGAAGUUUAUUUGAAGGGCUUGGGGCUAAUGUGGUGCUGCUGCGUUGAAAGUGGAACCUGUUUGCUAUGGGUUCAUCACCCUUCCCCCUUUUCACCGCCUUGCUGCUUCUGAUGUCGCCCCCUCUGCACUCUUUUUCCGUCCUCGAAUCUCCAUCUCCCCUGCCGUCUUGCAAGCCCGGACGCUCGUGGGCGGUGCAGCUGAGCCACAGUUCUGAGCCACAUGAAGACUCACUCGAUGAGCUGGCUAAACAGGUGGCGCUAGAGGCUGGUCUCGAGAGCCACGGGCAGAUCGGGCAACUCCAUGGCCACUACCUGCUUUGCCAGGUGACGGACGAGGAGGAGCACCCAGCAGCGGCUCGCCAAACACUGGACGACCACCCUCAUGUGGUCUGGCACUCGAAGGAGAACGUUCUGCGCCGGUCCAAGAGGAGCUUGGUCUUCAACGAUCCUAAAUACCCGAGCCAGUGGCACUUGCACAACGAUGUGAGGCGCGGCAUGGACAUCAACGUGACCGGCGUGUGGGAGCACAACAUCACCGGCAAAGGUGUCACCGUGGUCGUCGUGGACGACGGCUUGCAGCACACACUGGAGGACAUUCAGCCCAACUACUCUCCUGAAGGCAGCUAUGAUCUGAAUUCCAACGAUCCGGAUCCCAUGCCACACCCGGAUUCGAACAGCAAUAACCACCAUGGCACACGCUGUGCAGGCGAGAUCGCUGCAGUGUCUAACAACAGCUUCUGCGCUGUCGGAGUUGCAUACGGCAGUAAGGUGGCAGGUAUCAGAGUCCUGGACGGACCCCUCACUGACAGCAUGGAGGCCGUGGCUUUUAAUAAACAUUACCAGGUCAAUGAUGUUUACAGCUGCAGUUGGGGACCAGAUGACGAUGGACGGACUGUUGAUGGACCACAUCCCCUGGGUCAGGCAGCGCUAAAACAUGGCGUUCAAUCUGGCAGAAGAGGCUUCGGGAGUAUCUUUGUUGUUGCCAGCGGAAACGGAGGCUUGUACAGUGACAACUGCAACUAUGACGGCUAUGCUAACUCGAUCUACACAGUCACUGUUGGGGCUGUCGAUGAGAACGGAAAGAUGCCGUUCUACGCAGAAGAGUGCGCCUCCAUGCUGGCCGUGACUUUCAGCAGUGGAGGACAACAGCUGCGCAGCAUCGUGACAUCAGACUGGUCACUCCAGCAGGGGACGGGCUGCACUGAAGGCCACACGGGUACAUCUGCUGCAGCUCCUUUGGCAGCUGGCAUGGUGGCACUGAUGCUGCAGGUGCGACCCUGUUUAACCUGGCGAGACGUUCAGCACAUCGUCACGUACACAGCUACACAGUAUGACGCUGAUGCCGAUUGGGAGACCAACGGCGCCGGUUUCCACCACAGCCACAAGCAUGGGUUCGGCCUGCUCAAUGCCUGGAGACUGGUCAACGCUGCCCAGAUCUGGGAGACCGUGCCACCCCAGGCGUCUUAUCAGAGCCCAGUUUUAAAAGAGAGAGAAACAAUCCCAGCCUUUCCGAACAAACUUAUCCUCACCUGGAAUGUCACAGCUCGAGACCUCGGACAAUCAGGCUUAGAGACCUUAGAGCACGUGGCUGUUACAGUCACAAUAACUCACUCACGGCGUGGAAAUGUCGAGAUCGUGCUCGUCUGCCCAAGCGGAAUGACCUCACUCAUCGGAGCCAAGAGGGCCUUGGACAUAGAUAAAACUGGAUUCACAGACUGGACUUUCUCUACUGUCCGGUGCUGGGGGGAGAAAGCUGUAGGCCAGUACAGCCUCCACGUCACGGACCACAGAGACACGUUGUGUUCUUUGGGCACUCUGAAGCACUGGCAGCUCGCUCUGUAUGGCUCGGAGAUGACCUUGCAGGAAGUGUUGGACAGACAGAGGCUUGUGGACGAGGCGAUGAGUGGCCAGUUUCUGAACAGCAAUUUCUCGUUGCCGUGUCCACCUGGCUUGGACAUUCCUCCUGAAGUAGAAAUCCCAUUUACCUCAAACACCCUCAAGAUUUUGCUGCUCUUGGGCUGCUUUCUGCUCUGCUGGUCCCUGUACUAUAUGCUGGAGCUGAUGCUCACCCACGUGCACUGGCACAGGCUGCGGCGUGGGGCUGCCACUGUCAAAGACAGACAGAUUCUGGAAAUGCAACAGCUGACGGACUUGGAGGCCAAAAUGCCCCUCAUCGGAAACAAUGACACGUAGCACUCGGGUCAGCGAAGCGAAAACAGGAAGUGGUAUAAUUAGCGCACCUUAACCGAACAGAGCUAGUCGCUGUAUACACACUGGCGAGCUUCAAGAGCUCAAUCCAGAACUGUAAGGUGACUAACUUUGAUGUUGUUUAUUAGGGUUUCGUGGACCUUUCAGCACAUAAUGUGCUUUUCGUGUUGAUUGUAAAGCUGCACACUGUUCCAUUGGGGCACAUCGGGGUUUAACUCAACAAUAUAUUCGCAGGAAUGAAAGUGUUUACAGCAGGAGAAGAAUCCUGCUUUGGAAACUAACACAUUACUUGAUAUUCCUGGUACUGUGGAUAUUCCCUCUUAAAUGUGUGCGUGCGUGUGUGUGUGUGAACAUGAAUGAACAGAAGGGGUGUGUGAUCUUUUCAGAGAGAAAGAAGAGUGCUAUAUUUUUAUUAAAUUAUACCUAUUUUGCCGGUUUUAUUCUUUAGAUUUGUAUAUUGACUGGAUCAAAUUAAAGCAAUGCGUCCAGUAUUUUUUUUUUUUUCUUUCCCAGAGCUCCAAAGCUUUAAACUUUAAAAAAAAAAUGGGAACAACGUGCAAUUAAUUUGGCAAUACGUGUGAUGUACAGAUGUUUCUAUAAGAAUGGAUGCCUUUUGAGACACGAGUCUUUUUACCGAGGUGAAGUGUUUUACCUGUUUGACAAUCCAAAGACAAAAAUAUGUUCAACAGCUGGUCUGAAUAAAGUCAGUAAAGUCAUUUUGGCUGAA